AUGCUCACACAAUCUGCAUUAACAAGCUUUCAAGCAAACUCAAAAAGCGCCUUCAGCAAUGAUGGGCAGCUAACAGACCGUACUCGUGAGCUCCGUCGCGAAAUAAAAGAAGUCCUUGAUUUUGAAUAUGAUCAUCAUGUCCUCGAAGUCAAAAGACAUCGCUCAUUUUUCUCAAAUAAAGAGCAGACUACACUGAAAAGGCAGCUUGACAAGCUGAUAUCGUCAAAUAAAGAAAAAAGGAGAACUUUGCGAAAACUUGUGAUGGAGACAAGAAAUUAUGACCCUUUUGCAAGUGAUUUCUCAACCUGCAAACUUUUUAACGAAGGCUCUUUUACUGAGAGAGCAUCAAUAGUAUCAAGCAUAAUCGCCCCAUCACGCGAAGAUAUCAUAGAAAAAAUCGAAAGAUACAACCAAAAAAUCGAAGAAGCAGAACAAGAAAAAUUAAAAAUUGAGUGUGUCCUAACAAAAGAAAAAGAAGGAAAUCUAAUAUGGAAAGAAAGAAUCCAGCAGCUCAGCGAAAUGCACAGAAGGGUGACUAAAAGCCACGAAAUUUCGCUGAUUUCUAAACAAAGAGCUAUUAACAACCUCAUUUUAGGGCAAAAUGAGACGAUUCUCUAUAAGCAAGAAAUGUCGAGGCGUCAAGAAGAAUACGUCCAAGUCUAUACUGAGCAGCGCAAAAGAUACGAUGAAAUUCAAGAAGAAAUUGACAAUAUCGUCACAAAUAUCAGUGGAAAUGCUAUAAAACAGGCUGAAAGAAGACGGGAAAUAACCACUAUGAUUGACAAGCUUGAAAAGCAGCUGAGAAGGCAUGAAAAAGAAAUAAGGGAAAAAGAGAGGCUGGAAAACGCUUAUCAGAGCUACCAGGAGCAGCUCAGUAUAAUUAAUGAAGUCUUAGAAAGAUAUGACAGAGACACUUUUGACUGUCUUGACGAGGAAUCUUUGACUGGGAUUAUUGAUAUGUAUAAGUUCUUGAUUUAUCAAGAAACGUCACUGAGCUCAAGAUUCCAAGAGCUGACUCUGGAUUUUUUAGCACUGCAAAAGCGCUAUGAAGUAUUAGAUGGGGAGUUGCAGGUGUUAAAGACUAAUAAUGAUGAAUUUGGAGGUCAAGAAACAAAUUUACCGAAUACGUUUAAUAUGAUGAAAUUUUCAUUAGAGGAUAAUUUAUCGUCAAAAAAUGACUAUACUGAAGAGUCAGAGAUGCUUAUUUUGAAACUUUAUUUGAUUAUUAUGAAUCUUGCGAUACUGUCUAUUAACUCUAUGAGGACUAUUAAUGAAAGAUGCCCGAGAUUAGGGCUUGAUAAAGAGCCGGAGUAUAUGGAAGCUGCUUCUACUAUAGAAGAGCUGCAAAAAGGGUUUUUGAAGAAGCGGGAAAGCUCAAUCACAAAAUCUCCUGUCAUCCCAAAGCUGAAAGUAAGAUUAAGUUAUGAUGAGUAUUCAUGGUUGCUGCUUCCUAUAGUGCCAUGCAUUCCGCAGGCGAACGCCUGCGGGGUAGGCUUUCUCAAGGUAGAUUGAGCCCGAGUCGAGACUCCGGUUUCUCGGCUGAGGCAUUUUUCCUCCUGGCCCUGAUUCAGGCCAGAUUUUGCCGGGAACCCAAUUUCUAAUUCAAGUGCCAAAAUUACGCAACUCCGCGUAGCUUAGGCCAUAUAUCAUCCAAUUGAGGGAUAAUUUUAGACUAAAGAGACUAACCCUGAGAUCUCCAUCUAGCCUGCAUUCCCCUUUUACUCUCCGGAUCAUCUUCGAAGAAAAACUCAAUACACUUACACAGAUUCGGGACAGGCCACAAAAGCAACUCAGGCAGGUAAGUCUCCUGCCUCUUUCGUACAAACAUUCUGGGGCUUGGGUGCUGCUGGCAAAAAAGAUGUAAAUAGCUGCCGCUCAAGCCAGGCCACUAUUCAGCAGAAAUAGUGUUGGGCCUCUCGCUUCUUAGGUAACCAAACCUUGGGCAGCUCCUUGCACAAAAAGCCACGUCUAGAUAUGCAUAAGGACAUCCGCCACGGGGAAGGACGAUUUGUUCGUCACCAGUCAUUUAUAUAUAUCCCAAAGCUGUAUAAAACUGAAUUUUUUGACCAAUAUCAAGAGAAUUUUUCAAUAGAAAAUUUCAAGAAAAAUGUAAUGCCAUAUAUUUCUCUAAAAAAAACAGAAAUAAUUUCCUGCUUUAAAAAAGCGUUCAAAGACAACGAAGAUUCCAAGCUUUUUGCGAAUUUAAUUAAAGAACAGCCUAUGAUUUUGUAUUUCACAAAUUCAAAAAUCCUUGACAAUUAUCUGAAUAAUAAGAAUAAAGAGCCAGCUCAAGGCUCUCUGCAUGCAUUUUUAGAUAUAAUUGAGCUGAUUUCUACAGGCCAUAUGCUGUAUCAGCAUCAGUUUAUGCGGCUGAGCUCGGUUAUUUCUCCAUUAAUUUUAAGCUUGAAUUCUAAGCGUGUAUAUGAGCUAGAAGAGCUUGAGAUGUUACUGUCUAAAAUCCAAGAAAUAAAUCAUGAGCCAAGGGCUGAAGAACCCUCACAAGUCAGAAGAGUUACUAGAAUUCCAACAAUAAUUAAAGAAAGGACUGUCAAUAAAUUUAUCCCUGUCGAAGAAAAUGAGGUAGACUCUCCAGUGGUAUAUAAAAUAGUCGAGCCUUCGAGGUCACAAGAAAAACUAAAUGUAAGGCUGACUGAUGAAGAAGCGGCAAUAAAGCGAAUGAAAAGCAUAUUGCCAAAGCCGAUUAUGGAAAAAGUAAAUAAGUCAUAUGGGUCUGAUGAGAAUGAGAGGGUGCUUGAGGGGACAAUUAAUGUCAAAGACAUAACUCUCUAUAAGUGAGAGAGAAAAAUGUUUUCUAGCUCAUUAAUUUUGUUUUGGAUUAGCCCACUCGAAAAAUUGGGAAUUAAAUUUUAAUUAAUUUAUCAAAUUUAUGUUUAAAAAUGGAAGGCUAUUUAAAAUUUAAUAUAAUUUUAUAUUUCAAUAUAAAACUAUCACAUAUAUAUCAUGGGCUUUCUAUAAAAUAAUUAUUUUUUCAAUGGUUUUGCUCGCUACGGAAUGGGGAGAGCAAGGAAAAACUUGUCGCAGUUUUCGCCAAGAAACAUCCUUUAUGAAGUCAAAGAUAUUGAGAGGAAAAUAAAGAGGGUGAAAACUGCUGAAAAGAAGGCUGGAAAUAGAAAUAAAGCAAAUUUAAUUGAUGUCCCGCUGCAGUUUAGGUUUUAUAGCAAACCCUGGGGGUUAAUACAGAAAGCGCUGAACAGCAGAGAUAUUAGUAAAGAUAACACUAGGCCUUCGACACAGCACAAGACAGCGAGGACUUCUAAUUAG